UAGAGUCAACAUGGAGACGACCUAAUUUCGAGUCAACAGUUCUAAACAGUCCUUAGAAAAUGGCGAUUAUCAAGGCCAUUUGUGGUUAAAAAAUUACCGAGAGCAUCUUGAGAGAAAACACAGAUUAUAAUCGACGUAACAGACGCGGGACGACUUUCAUUUCUCAGCAGACUUUGCCAAGGUGCGAGGAUUUUUAAUUGGCGCUACUUCUUUCUCAAUUUUCAUACAACAGCUGAUCGGUGCAUGUCAACGAAAGUAAGUGUUAAAAAUUGCUAUCGAAGAUUUAAUUUGCAAUUUAUCCAGCGGUGCUGUUAAGCCAUAUUUUUUGCAAGUUGUUAUCACAGAAACGGAUUGUUGUGCUGCCUUAAUUAUCUGGCAAUCUCACACGAAACAAUUCUAGGAUCUCUGAAGUUGGAUUUACCUGCAGAUUCUUUCAGCAAGGAUUUUAACUCCAUGGAAGAAAAAACAUGCUGGGACGAUGUACAUUGUGGUAAUCGUUGGGCCACCAGCACCAUGUGAGGAAUACAAUGAUAUCAACUGAAACCUGAAGCCAGUAUUUUCUUAGCCAAGUUGAAGCCAUAUAUACAGUAUAUAUACUGUACAAGCUGACUCCGUCCAGUUUCUUACUUAUAUUACUUCAUUAGCACCUUUAAUGUUUAAUAUAUAUUUUUUCAUUUAAAAAGUGCCAUGUAAAUUUGCAUGGAGGACUACAGAUCUCAUUACAACAUAUCCAAAUCUACAAACAUGAGUUCCGUCCCAAAGACAACGGGAGGGAAAUUAGGUCCCAGCACUUAUGCUGUGGUUCCUAACCGUCCUCCCAGCGGGGGAAAACGAGGUCCCUCUGGACCCUUAGCAAAUUCUAGCGAUGAAGAAGAUGCAGGAGAUGCUGUAAACAUUUCGGUGUCAUCAACGUCGACAACUACGUCUUCGCCGUCCACCCCAUCUCCAAAUGCAUCUUCGGAUUAUGAAAAUGUUGCCUCCCCUGGAGGGAGUAGUACGGCCAGUGGACCUAUUUAUGUACGGCCGCCUGGUUUCGCACACCAUGGACAAGAGAUUUUGAAAACUCCAGCAUCGAAACCGAGCUGGAGGAAGAAAAGAGCCAUCUUAGCCAUGAAGGAAGGUUUGAAGAAAAGAGAACCCACUCCCCCAAGACCCAAAUCUAAGAAAGAUCCUCUCCCUAUGAGAAUGCGUGCUCUCCCACAGUCAUUCUUUCAGCAGCCAAACGUGCCGCACAAUGUUUCUCCCGGUGCCGCUUAUCCGGUGCUUCCACCGUUAAUGAACAGGGACAGCGAUGUGACAGAGGUUCGACCCGUCACUCCGCCAGAAGAAAAAGAAAAGAAAAACAAGGCACCUAAACCUCCCGAGAGGAAGAUCACACUGGGGAACCCAGAUUUGUUGUUUAAACUCUUUGAAGGUUAUGGUGAUGAGAAGAAAAAGGGCGGUACUAGCAUAAUAAAAAGGGGAAGACCAAAGAAGGUUCAUUCAACCCAAGGAAAAGCGUUUGUAACUGGAGAGGACCCCUUCAUCAUGGACGCAGUGGCAGAAAAACUAUUUCCACAACUCUCAUUGGAGAGUAGCAAGCAGCAGGGCUACAGUGGUUUGGGACACUCGUCACAAUUGCAUGUGGUGACAUUACGAGAGGGUGACAAGUCGGUGAUGCUCCCUGCUUUGAGUCGAGAGCAGAACUAUUCGCAGAUGCUGUCCGAGUUGGUGUCCCAUAUCUAGGUCACAGAUAUCCUGUUGCUAGGUCACAGAUGUCAGAGGUUUCGAUACUCCGCAACUACAAUCAGAGAAAGAUGAUGGGUCUCAAACUUUGGUCUGUGAAAGAGAAAAAACAGCCAUGCCAGAAAGAAUUGUGCUGUGAUAUCUGGA